AUGGCUUCGCCAACGACACCGACGGUCUCACGAGCGGCCACGAACGGCGACGACGACGCUGUGCCGGGAGAGGACACGAGCGAGGUGACCAAGCUGUUCGCUGAGCGGCUGGCAGCAUGGAAGCACGCUGUCGCCUACCUUGAGGACUACAUCACAGCGACCGAGAAGACGCAUCAUGCGCACGGCAAGGAGUAUGAGAGAGUGCUGAAGACUGUAAAGGAUCCGCUUAAGGAGGGACACCACUUUGAUCAGUCACUCGGUGGCAUUGCGGGUAUGUUUGAGAACAUCCGAUCGAACACUCAGGGUAUUUCGAACCAGCACUACGAGACCGCAAAACAACUCAAAGGGACCAUCCUCCCCGUUUUCGAACGCCUGCACACCGAGAUCAAGAACAAAACGAAAGAGCUUACGAAGGGCGCCGGCAAGGGCUCCAAGGCUGUCGACAAAGCACGCGCCGUGACCCAGAAGCACAUUGAGAUGCUCGGUUCGCACACCGCGACGUUCGAGUCUCAUGGUGGCAAGAUGACGGCAGCAGAUGAUCCUUACGUCCUCCAACGCGGCGUCAUGCAUCGGUUGAACAAGCAAAUUCAGGAGGAGAACAACAACAGACAAGAUUUGAUCAGCGUGCAGAACUCGUUCGCUCAAUUCGAAGCCCAUGUUAUACAGACGAUUCAAGGAGGCAUGGGCCAGUUCAUGCAGGUCGUAAAUACACAGGCCGAGCAGACUAAGAUAGCCUAUGGGGACAUGGUAGGGACGGCGCAGAAGGUUCCCCUCGACUUCGAAUGGAACGGCUUCGUCCAACGCAACAACACGAUCCUCAUCGACCCGAACUCGCCUGCCCGCUCGGUCUCCAACAUCUCCUUCCCCAACCAGAACCACCGCUCCACCAAGCCACUUAUCGCGGGCUCUUUGGAGCGCAAGGGCAAAAUUCGGUCCUACAGCACAAACUACUACGUUGUCACACCCUCCAAGUUCCUCCAUGAGUACAAGACAGAUGACGACUUCGCGAAAGAUCCCGUACCAGAGACAUCGCUCUACCUGCCCGACUGCGUAAUCGGUGCCCUUGCGGACCGCAAAUUCAAUGUCAAGGGCAAGGACGUGUCGAAGGGUAAGGUUGGGAAUACGUUCAGCAUGAGCCACGAAUUUCAAUUCAAGGCGCAUACGCCGAGCGCGGCGAGCCAAUGGUGGGAGAUCAUACGACAGGCUGCUGGUCAGGUAUCGAGUGAGGUGCCGGAAAGCAGUGUGCCGACGAGCCCUGUUAGCAAGCAGAACAGUCCCGAGGAGGAUGGAAGACACCCCCUGCCAUUGAGGACUGAUACUGAGGGUUUGGCGAGAAGCGACACGAACAAGACGGGUGGGCCAACGCCUAUCAGUGCGGCGCCGGCCAGUGGCGUUGGAAGGGAGCCAGGACAAUACUAG